AUGGCAGCCGAAAGCGCUUCAUCACGUCAGUCAUCUGAUUCCAAACAAGAUGGCAGAUCAGGUCAAGAUUCCGAUAAAAAAGAAGACAACAAACCUGCACAUGAGGAAGGACAAUCCCGCUUGCUCUUCGAUCCAAAAGACGUGCACGCUCUUAAAAGACCCCACGGAGCUGGACCCUGUGGAAGAAGAAAAUUGGCGGAAACUUCUAAUAAGAGCCUUAAAAAUUACUUUUCACAAUUCGGUGAAGUCACGGAUUGCAUAGUCAUGAGAGAUCCAAGUACCUCAAGAUCUCGUGGGUUUGGUUUUCUAACAUUUGUGGAUCCAUCCGUCGUCAAUACUGUAUUGGUCAAGGAACAUCAUUUGGAUGGCAAAAUUGAUAAACCUUUUGGAAUCACUCAUUCUCCUUUCAAUCACACAACUGGAGAUUAUUUUAUUAACGAUUUCAUUAACAUUGAUCCAAAACGUGCCAUUCCUCGUGAGGAACAGGAAAAGACCGAAAAAAUCUUUGUUGGCGGUAUUGCUCCUGAAGUCUCCGAAGAAGAAUUCAAAGAAUAUUUCUCCCAAUUCGGUCAUGUCAUAGAUGCUACAUUAAUGGUCGAUCGUGAUUCUGGGAGGCCCCGUGGUUUUGGCUUUAUCACUUUUGAUUCAUCCGAACCGGUUGAAAAAGCUAUGAGUCGUAAUGAUUUAGAGAUCAAUAACAAACAGAUUGAAGUAAAACGCGCGAUGCCUAAACAUAAAUCACAACGUGUGCAAACAAUGUACAGUCAUCAGAGUUACGGAUCGUCAUCUUCAACAAACGCGUCACCUGGAAUUAUGUCAUCACCGACGAGUUCAGCUAAUAGCAGGUACGGGUCUCCUUACGCCGUUACCGGUGGUACCAAGGAUGGAAACUCAAGUGUUGGAAAUUAUAACCCUAGUUCAUAUCCUAGUUACGGCGGAUACGGACAAUAUUCCGGUUACAAUUACCCAAGUAGCUAUCCCAGCGGGUACGCUCAGUACAAUGCAAUGACGCACGCUUAUUAUUCCUCGAGAUAUGGCAAUUACAGCAGCCAAUACGGAGGAAGUGGGUACGGGUCUGGUCGUGGGGGUUCUUAUAGCCAAUGGUAUGCAAGAGAAGGUGGUUACGGCUCUGGUGGUCCAUCCUCUGCUGGCAGCGCUUCGGCUCUAGGUGGUCCAAGUUCCAGCAGUCGUAUGGGCGGCGGUUAUCGUCACUCCCCUGUUCACGCAGUGGACCUACUCGGUCAUCUUAUUCAAAUUCAAUGA